AUGUCGGAGGCCGAGUCCCAGCGGUUAGCUCAUUCUGAAUACUGGGACGAGCGCUAUGCCGAAGUCGGCCCUGAUGAACAAGUCCAUGAGUGGUUCAGGUCUUUCAACGACCUCGAGUCAUUUCUGGGCCGCAAUCUGUUCCAAGUCCGAGCACCAGAGACGGCUCCGCAAAUCCUUCACCUCGGAUCCGGAGACAGCACGAUACCCGAAGACCUUUGGAAGAAAGGUUAUAAGAAUCAAGUUUGCGUUGACUUCUCCACGGUCGUCGUGAACAACAUGUCCAAACAACACAGCCACUUUGAGGGCAUUACCUGGAUGCACGCCGAUGUGCGUCAGCUGGAUCAGAUCCCCUCCGAAUCCGUGGAUGUUGCCUUUGACAAAGGGACGUUAGAUGCCAUGAUACAUGGGAGCCCUUGGGACCCCCCCGACGAGGUUCGGGACAACACUGGUCGUUAUAUCCGGGAGGUCUUUCGUGUCCUCAAGCCCGACUCUACUUUUCUUUAUGUGACAUACCGCCAGCCUCACUUCAUAACGCCUCUCCUCAACUGUGAAGGAGUCGAUUGGGUCAUCGCGGUGAACGUACUCGGUGGUUCGGACAGCUCCUUUGACUAUCACGGGUUUGUUCUGAAAAAGGCACCGCUGUCGACGCCCGGGUCGGCGACUACCGGGACAGACGCCAAAAUAACAGCGCAAGCGCCAGCAUGCCCGAGUAAUGAAGCACUUUGA